CAACACACCGAAGCGGGCCAGUCAGUCUCGCCCCUCCGCUCACAGCAGCAUCGUCCCCGGUCCGGUGGCAGAGAGAGGAUGGUUCAGCGGAACAGCAGCCGGGGAUGCGAAUGACAGUGAGAAGACAAUGGCCCUCGAUAUACGCAGGUUCCCCAAUGUGCAACUGGUGAUCAAGUGAAACGACUGUGGCAGGAAAACACAAAACCAUGUUGCUCUAAGUUGUGACCUGCGGAGGAGGAAGGGGAGGCGCAGGCAGGCGGGCGUAAGGGCUUCUGCCACAGCUCCCUUUAGACGGCCUUUUGCAAGCUUGAAGCCAUGGGCAACACGGCCACCAAGUUCAGGAAGGCCCUGGUGGGCGGCGACGAGGCCCUGGCCUGGCAGCUGUAUGAGGGCAACCCUCAGUUCAGGGACGGCCUGGACCCCAACGCUUCGUACGGAGAGCAGUACCAGCACAACACGGCCCUGCACUACGUCUGCCGCCACGCCAUGACACGCCUGCUCAGGUCUUUCCUGUUCAGUAAAGAGGGGAACCCCAACAAGUGUAACGUGCACAACGAGACGUGCCUCCACGUGCUUUGCCAAGGCCCGCAGAUCCUGCUGCUGCCAGAGGGGGCGCUGUCGCCGCGACUGGCCCGACCACAGCGGGACGAGCAGCGCCGCGCCGACUGCCUGCAGAUGGUCCUGAGCUGGACAGGCGCAAGGCUCGAGGGAGGCCAGUACGAGAAGGCCAAAGUCAACGCCAGCGAUAAUCACCACAGCACAUGUUUGCACUACGCCGCCGCGGCAGGCAUGAAGAGCUGUGUGGAGCUCUUAAUCCAGAGCGAGGCAGACCUUUUUGUGGAGGAUGAGGACAAGUUGACGCCGUGUGACCACGCGGAGCGGCAUCACCACACCGAGCUGGCCCUCAGCCUGGAGUCGCAGAUGGUUUUCUCCUCCUCUUCAGCUCAGCCGUCAAACACAGACGGUGAAACCAACCUGCUGCAAUUCAAGGAGCCGUAUGAGGGACUGAAGCUGCAGGACCUGCGCAGGCUGAAGGACAUGCUGAUCGUAGAGACGGCAGACAUGCUUCAAGCCCCGCUCUUCACUGCUGAGGCCCUGCUCCGUGCACAUGACUGGGACAGAGAGAAGCUUCUGGAGGCCUGGAUGUCUGACGCUGAGGGCUGCUGCCAGCGCUCAGGUGUGACCAUGCCCACCCCCCCACCCAGCGGGUACAACGCCUGGGACACCCUACCCUCGCCUCGCACCCCCAGGACCCCGCGCUCCCCCCUCACACUCACCCUCACCUCCCCGACCGACAGCUGCCUCUCACCGGGAGAGGAGGGCCUGGCUUCGUGUGGAAUCUGCCUCUGCUCCAUCUCUGUGUUUGAGGAUCCAGUGGACAUGUCCUGUGGACACGAGUUCUGCAGAGCAUGCUGGGAAGGGUUCCUCAACGUGAAGAUUCAGGAGGGCGACGCUCACAAUAUCUUCUGCCCGGCAUAUGAGUGCUACCAGUUGGUGCCGGUGCAUGUGAUAGAGAGUGUGGUUUCCAGAGAGAUGGACCAGAGAUAUCUACAGUUUGACAUCAAGGCAUUUGUGGAUAACAAUCCUGCCAUCCGAUGGUGUCCUGCGGCUCGUUGUGAGCGGGCGGUGCGUCUCACCCGACCGGGCCCCGGGGACAGCGACCCUCACAGUUUCCCCCUGCUGCCCUCCCCAGCUGUGGAUUGUGGCAAGGGUCACCUCUUCUGCUGGGAAUGUCUUGGUGAGGCCCAUGAGCCAUGUGACUGUCAGAUGUGGAGGAACUGGCUCCAGAAGGUCACAGAGAUGAGGCCUGAGGAGUUGGCAGGUGUGAGUGAGGCUUUUGAAGAUGCUGCUAACUGCCUGUGGCUGUUGACCAACUCAAAACCUUGUGCCAACUGCAAGUCUCCCAUUCAGAAGAAUGAGGGCUGCAACCAUAUGCAGUGUGCCAAGUGUAAGUAUGACUUCUGCUGGAUAUGUCUGGAGGAGUGGAAGAAGCACAGCUCGUCGACCGGAGGCUAUUAUCGCUGCACCCGCUAUGAGGUCAUCCAGCAGAUCGAGGAGCAGUCCAAGGAGAUGACUGUGGAGGCAGAAAAGAAGCACAAAAGUUUUCAGGAGCUGGAUCGUUUCAUGCACUAUUAUACUCGCUUCAAGAACCAUGAACACAGUUAUAAGUUGGAGCAGAAACUACUAAAAACAGCUAAAGAGAAGAUGGAGCAGCUGAGCAGAGCCUUCAUCUGCCGUGAAGGCACUCCUCCGGACACACGGUUCAUUGAGGACGGUGUGUGUGAGCUGCUGAAGACACGGCGGGUCCUGAAGUGCUCUUACCCUUAUGGCUUCUUCCUGCAGCCAGGCAGCACCCAGAAAGAGAUAUUUGAGCUCAUGCAGACGGACCUGGAGAUGGUUGUGGAGGAUCUGGCUCAGAAGGUGAACCGGCCGUACCUGAGGACUCCCUGCCACAAGAUCAUCAGCGCGGCCCGUCUGGUGCAGCAGAAGAGGCAGGAGUUCCUGGCGUCAGUGGCCCGAGGCGUUGCUCCCAACGAUUCUCCGGACCCUCCCCGCAGGAAUUACCCUGGAGGAUCAUGGGAUUGGGAGUAUCUCGGCUUUGCUUCACCUGAGAUGGGCAGUCGUCACUCUGUACUGGGAGCGGGAGAUCAAAGAGAGAGGCAGUCACAGGAUUACGCUGACAUUCAGUACCGACGCAGACACCGACCGCGGCGCAGAGGAGACAUGCUGAGUCUGCACAACCUGAGGAGCAGCAGCAACACGCCGGAGACGAGCCGGAGGAGCGACAGCACAGAAGGUCCAGAGAGGAGUGAGGGCCGCCGGAGAGCGCUGGGCUCGCUGGAUGAAGACGAUCCGAACAUCCUGCUCGCCAUCCAGCUGUCCCUGCAGGAGUCCCGCAGAGAGAGAGGCCUGGAGGGGAGGGUGGAGCUGGGGAGGGUGGAGCUGGAGAGGAGGCCGGGUCCCGCAGGAGACUUGGGGGACAUUUCUUUGCACUCCCUCAACACGGACGGUCCUCCAGGAGCCAGAGGCUUCCCCACGUCGCUCCUGGACCCCCCUCGACCCCCUAACAGGACAGACUCCACCUCCCAGCCUCCCGCGUCCAACUCCCUCCCCCUCCCGCCCCCACCUCCCUGCCUCAGUGCAGAGCUGCUGGAGCUGGGAGACAGCCUUAUGAAACUGGGGAACAUAACCACUCCGUAUGACCUCGACACACACACUCAGGAGCAGCUGUGCUCUCUCCACACAUACACCCACAGCGCUGCUCCCUACAGCGACCCUGCGUACAGCGACUGCAGCCACAGAGCGGAGCUGCCCGCUGCGUACCGGCUCGACCACAUCACCAUCUCAGACCCCGCCUACUGCCACACCAGUGCUCAUUUAUCCGAGGCUGAACGCGUGGCCUCCCGCUCACAUGAACGCUCACAUGAACGCUCACAUGAACGCUCACAUGAACGCGCCCAAAACCCCUCCCGUCCUAGCUCCUGUAGCCGGGAACACGCAGCCUUGUACGACAGCUCCCCAGCACCAGACAGCUCUUACGCCCCGGGCCCUGAACACAGCAGCUCUUACUCUCAGGAGCGUCCCACCACCUACGCUCUCGAACGCCCCAAAUCAGACCCAGUGCCGCCCACCCUGUUGUGCCUCCCGUCUCCAGAGCUCGAGCCGGAGCUGAUGCUCUCCCCGGUGAUCCCUCCAGGGGGGGCGUUCACCCCCAGCGACCCGCAGAGUCUGGAGCCGCUGGACCCCACAGCCAGCGCCCAGCUGCUGGACAACAUCAUGGCCUGGUUCAACAACAACAUCAACCCCCAGAACAACCCGCAGAGCCUCGCCCUCAUCCCCUCCCCGCCCACCACAGAGACAGACUCCUCCCCCGACACACACACUGAGACUGAGUCAGAGGCCUCCAGGGACCCCGCCCCUGUCUGGCUGCCCCUGGAGGGCGGGCCAGUGGACGGGGCGGGGGGGAGUCCUCGUCUGGGUGCUGUGGGAGCGGAGGUCCCGACGACGUCGAGGCCCAGCACUCUGGAGCUCGACAGCAGAGCGACUGGAGAGGAGGGGGUGGACGCAGGGUGUGUGGCUGACCUGUCGCUGGACGAAGCGCACACACACCCGUGCUCACACUCCCAACGUGGAGACAGUCCCGCACACACGGCCCCGGACACAGAGAGAGACUUAGACCUCGUCCUUCAGUUAGAGGGGGAGCAGUCGCCUGAGGAGUGGGAGGAACAAGUGCACCUAGUGUGACAGAACAACGUGGAGAGAGAAGGUUAAGACAAAGAGAGGUGGAAGAAAGUCAAAGACUGCGGAAAACAUGAGAAAUAAUGGCGAUGCCUCAAUGAAAGAUGUUCUUAGGAGUGUUUACUGUGUGUAUUAUACUGUAUCUAGAGAGGACACGAAACCCUGCGGACUUUCUUCAGUUACGAUGAUGUCAUAUGCAGUUUGAUUUCACUUUUUUAUUUUUAAAGUGCUUUUGUCUGCUCUCAAACAGACAAAAUAUUAGUGUUGAAUUGCAAAGUACAUCAAUGGAAAGCUACUGAUAUCAUAACACAUAAUGCAUAAUACACAUGCACAUGUUUUCUUCCUUUAUUUAUUCCCUGUAGUUUUCUUCUCCGUUUGUUCAGGGUGAAGUUUUGGUUCUGAUCGUGCUGGAAUCCAAACUUGCCUCAUAUUCUCACACCUUUUAUUAUUGUCACACCGACCCUACCACGAGCCUCCUGCAGCCAAAUAUGAUGUAACCUUGGAGCUGGUUGAGCGUACUGUACAAUCAGAGGGCCUGGUUCUGAUGCUUGGACCUUCUUGCACACUGUGCCUGCUUUGUUAGGGAGCCAACACACUGCUGUUUGGUAGGCUGCAAGGAACCAUGAUACACUCUCCUCUGCUUUUUGUUUGGGAGUUGUUGAACCCCCUAUUUUUCCUUCUCACUGCAACACCCAGUCUUUAUCACAAAUGACCUUUCAUUCACAGUUCUGUGUUUAACACCUGCUUUGGCUCAGUUUUCAAUGUGCAUCAUUAAAAAUAUAUAUUAUAAUGAUUUUUUGCGUCAAAGUUGACGUGGAAUACAUUACGGACAAUUACAUUUUACAGCAUCAUCAUAUAAAUAUAUUUUUCUAAUUUAAAAAAUAAUUGAUUGAACUAAGAUGCUGUAAUUUAAGUCUAGAGUCUGACACUACAGUGAGUCACAUAUUCAAACACCUUUUUAUGUUGAAAAGUUAAAUAUAUCAAGUCAGUAAAGACUAAAGAAAUUCUUUGUCAACAGUCUUAUGAUGUUGAUUAGUUCAUUUAAUCAACAUCUGUAGACUUUUCCUUUUAGAGUUUUCCAUAGAUAAUCAUGCAAAAGCAACCCUUUUAAAUGUUGUGUUUACCACAGAUGCGUUUAAGAGUAAUUCAGUGUUAAAAAAGCUUUUAUAAAAAUGACUAAACGACAUUAAAAAGUGUAAUUGAGAGGAGACGACUACACUUUGUUCAUUGAGCCAAAGCAAUCAGACAAUAUUGUUCAUGGAAACACUCGUCUAGUUUGUUUUGAUCAUAUCUAUUCCACUGCUGAUGACGAGUACAGUGUGCCGUUUAGAGAUGGGAAAUGGGUUGGGUUUUUACUGUCAUUUAUCCUCUUUUUUUGAUUUCCUUAUUCCUAAUCAGAGAUGAUUUUUUUUUUCCAGUUAAGAACUGAGUCGUUGAGUCCGUGUGCCUUUUUUGUUCGAGUCGUAUUUGUUUAUUUGUUGGUAUUUAUUAGUGUCAUUACUUUUGAAACAUGCUAAACACACCACUGUGGCUGCUGCCGUACACUGAGAUGCACAUUCGUUUUAUUUAUCCUCAAACCUGAGAUUUAUUAUAUUUUACCUUAUCCCCAGAGAAAAACUGCUGUGACACCAAGUCAAAUUAUUUCAGAGUUUCCCCUAGAUUUAACAAAUCCUUUGAUCUCAACGUUGUUCAAAUGUAGUUGGCCUUUGACUUUUCUUGAAAAGCCAAGUAGCACUCUGAGACCUGGGAUGUCACUUUAAACUUCUAUCUUAAAACGUUAUUGCCCAACUGUAAUGUUUACACGAGAACUAGACACUGCCUGUUGUGUUGAGAUAUGAUCUGGUGCUCUUUGGACUGAAAUGAAAAUGGAGUGUUUUUAAUCAUACUUUCACGGCAGGACACGCUUAUGUAAAGAUAUCCUGAUUUUGUUGAAAACAGAGUGUGAUAUGCAAUCAAAAAUGCAUAACUUAUAAUGGAGAGUUUGAGUUUUAAGCUUGUUUGAGGUCUGGAGUGCUCUAUGACGUGACACAAAACCCUAAAAUAUCACCUUUUCCUCUCUAAACUGUGAAGGUGUUGACAGACAUUUCAUUAUGUGAGGAGAGCUGGUGUCACCCAGAACAUUUCAACAUUGUUUCCCGAGGAAUGGUUUAAUCAACAUUUAUUUUAGGUUGCAUUGUUGCACCAGGAUACACAUUGGAAAAGUCUGGGGUCUUUUAAUUUGCACAGGCAUGCUGUCGAUGUGUUGCACUAAUCCAGUGCAAGAUGUGGAGGACUGAUGAGGGUGGCUUUUAUUAUUAUGAUGAUAUUUUCCUUUUACAUUUUCAAGGGGUGUCAAGGGAAUGGUCCUGUGCCAGUUUGUACUCCAUAAAUAAUGUUUAUAUUUUAAAGAUUCCUCAAUCAACCACUACAGAGUUUGAAAAAAAGAAAUUGCACUUCAUAGAUUAUACUUGAUACAUUCCCAGUCAGUCCAUAAGAGAGGUUUGAUGUGUGGCCAAAACUGUAAAUGAAAGUGUCAGUGCAAAGUUUACUCUCAAUAAAAACAACUGAAAGUG